CUUACACAAACGUAGCGUCGCUCUUGUGUGAAACAAAACCUCCGACCCAAUAUUCCCACCAGCUACAAGGCGUCGGCUGUUCGCUCAAUUAGACAUUCCAUUUUUUGCAAUUUACAUGUGUUUUGCUGUUGUGGCGAUAAUCGAAUUCAUCGCUGUCUUCCAAGGCUCCCGGCAUCUCACGCAAGACGUGGUUAAAAAGUUUCGAGUACCGUGACGACUCGUCUAAAGCCACGUGCUGUAGGUGAAAACAAAGUCACACAAAGAGUGUUUUUUCUCUAUCCAGUAGCCAUGGCAACCUCGCUUGAUCCGAGAAGGCGGCCGCCUCCCGGAAGUAACAAUCAACAGCUAUCCACUCAACAUCCUGUUCCACCUCCUCCUCCUCCACCACCUCCUCCUGCUCCGGAAACGAUGAAGGGGGUAGCUUCCGAGGAGGCCGUUGAGAGUACAGCUGCGCCAUCUGCCAAAACGUCUGAAGGUGACAGUGGUUUCAAAUUAAGAUUCUGCACCGUGUGUGCGAGUAACAACAACAGAUCUAUGGAGUCUCACCUGCAGCUAGCAACAGCUAACUAUCCUGUCAUAUCGUUCGGUACGGGCUCCCUGGUUCGUCUACCAGGACCGUCGAUAUCGCAGCCAAACAUCUUUAAUUUCAACAAGACCUCGUACGACCAGAUGUAUAACGAGCUCUUCAACAAGGACCCGCGCCUUUAUCGUGCCAACGGGCUCUUGCCCAUGCUGGACCGCAACCGAAACGUCAAGUGGGGACCGGAACGUUGGCAGGAUUGGAAGAUCGGCGUACCAAGAGUAAGCGAGCAGCAGCGUAACAACCGCGGCUCGCAAGGCACCGAGGGAGGAGUAGUUGACGUUGUCAUUACGUGCGAAGAGCGAUGUUGGGAUGCCGUAGUAGACGACUUGCUUAGCAGAGGAAGCCCUUUGAACAGACCUGUCCAUGUUUUCAAUGUCGACAUCAAGGAUAACCACGAGGAAGCACUGGUGGGCGGGAAGGCUAUUUUGGAUCUAGCUGGGAAGCUGAACGAAGCCGCGAUAGAAGAACGCGAGAAAAGCGGCAGCGCUGGUUGGGAUCAAGGCAACGGGCCGGCGAGGAAAGGAUUCGACGAGCGAGUGCCAUACAUUCUGGCCGACUGGCAAGAGCGUUGGCCUCAUUUACCCGCCCUUUGGACUCUCGCGUGGUUCUGAUAUCGAAUCGGAAGAUGAGCGAAGCUGCAGAUAGCCUAUGUUCUAGCACAUUUCACGCAUGAUACCCCAAGAAAACUGAAUUCUUUCGUCUCGAAGUUCUUCUUUGAUCUAUGUUUUUUACAUCACCUUGUCACUAUUCCAAUA